UCUUAUCUUUCUAACCAUAACCAAGUCAGCAACCAACCAAGACUAUUUCCCCCUCACUCAAUUAUAUAAACCUCAUCUUCUCCACAUUUCUUCCAUUCUUUCUCAAAUUCACCAUUUCCUCUCUUUCUGGAAAAACAAUGGAAAUCCCUGUAAUUAAUUUCGAAGCAGGCAUAAACUCCUUCCAUAAUCCUUCAUUAAUUUAUCGAGUUAUCUCGAAUUUCGAGCUCGGAAAAUUAACAUAUUAUUCUAAUCGAAUGUGGAAAUGGGGAGCUCUUUUUCUGGCAUUGGUAUACGCUUUUAGUAGCAUUGUUAACAAAAUCAAGUUAUUAGUUCUUUAUUAUCAUAAUAAAUCCAAAUCUUUAUUAGCUGCUUCAGAGCCUUUGUUAUCUUCGUUAUACGAUGAGUUUGGUAGCGAUACAGAUAGCGAUUAUGAUCAAAACGACGAGGUUUGCUCCUCUUGUGAUUCUUCCUCAGACGACGACGACGACGAAGAUGACGAAAUAGAAAUAGAAGACGACGAUUUCAAUGUGAAAGGUAGUAGUAAUUUCAGUGAAAUCUCCAGGCGAAAGGGUAAAUUCAAGCUCAUGCGUCGGAAACGAAGCUUCGUCGAUACUUUCUCGUUGUCGGAUCUCGUUAAUGGAAACGGCGUUGUUAAGCUGUGGGAUGGAUUAGGUUUAGGUGUUGUCGAUGUUGAUAAUGCGUUUUCUUUUUUGGAUUCUGAUCAUUAUCAGAAUCAAGAUUUUAUUAGUAGCUCGAUUUUCGGUGGGAUUCCGGCGGUGUCGACGUCUCCUGCGGUGUUUAUCUCCGCCGGAAGCGACGGCGGGAAGCUGGGAUUGGAUAUUUGGGAUCUGAGAACCGGUGGUGAAUCGCCGGUGGUUCGUUCACAUUGGCGGUCAGGCCGGCGAGGAGAGAUUAUGGGGAUGGAUUCCGGUCGAACCGGGAAAGUGUACGUCAGAAAUGACGACACAAUGACGUUAGCAGUUGGUGAUGUGAGGAAGGUGGAUGCGCCGUUAACGGAGGAAUGCGAGGAGGAGAUGUGGUGGGAUGCUGACGAGUGACGGCGUUAACGGAACCGUGUGAAAUUGGUAAACUCUCGAAGGUGGUGGUUGACAGCUGGAAUUUCAAAGUAAAGAAAUUAAACAUGUGUUGAAAAUGAAUAGAUGAUUACUACUCCUUCGGUCUCGUUUUACAAAUUUAAUUUAAUUACUUUUUGUGAAGGUAUUUUUAAAUUAAAUGGAACAAGAAAAAUGAGGCGGAUAUGUUUUGAUUCGAAUGAUUUGUUUCCAAAUCGAUGUAUUACUAUUAGUAGUAAAUUAAGUUGAAUAAUUUGUUGUAGAUUAGGGAAGAAGAGGGAGUUGUAAAAAUGAUGAACUCUUUGUGCACUUUUGCUUUGUAUAAAUACGUACAAGGAAUGUAUUCUUUUUAAAUUUGGAAAAAUCCUCAUUUGUGAUUA